UGCUAGUACAUGCAAAAAGUAAGUGGCAUGCGUAUACGUAUUUGCGGUAUACGCUCGUUUAUCAUUUGUGCUUUUAUCGAAAUAUUCCAUCUUUCUCAUUAGUCUAAUAGAAUAUCUUAGAACAUAUCGAACAUCCUUAUUCGUCGGAAGAUCCACUAUCCUUGAAGUUUGGAACGUAGGGCUUGAAAGAGAGAGGCCUAUUGUGCUGUCUCUGAUGUGUGUGGGUUUGUGCGUGUAUAUGUGUGUCAAUGCAUAUAUUAUGUUUCAAUAGUUUUUUUUGUAAUUUACUUCUGCUGUUGUUGCCGGCGCUGUGACACUAACAUCUGAUCGCAUGGGAGCAACGUCUGAAUUUGGCAACAAUUGACUUAAGACACUGUCUGUUUCUGAACCUUGAAUUCGCUCUGUGAAAUGUCGAGCGAUGCGGCAGGAUUUUCUCGCAAGCGAGUCCGUCGUGUCAUCAAUAAUCCAAACCCGUUGUUCACACAAUGGCUCCGCGAGUGGCAGGACGAGGCUGCGAAAGCUGGCACGCACGCGAAAAACACGUAUACAAAGGCGCUGCAAUCACUUGCCAAGUUUCCUAUACCGCUGUCGAGUGGCAAAGAUUGCAUUAUCCUCAAGCAUUUUGGACAAAAGAUAUGCGACAUGUUAGAUAAGAAGCUAAUAGAAUACAGGGGAUUGCAUCCUGAGUGGAGGCCUCAGUCGGUGGCAGUACCAUCCCCAGUAUCCAAUGGUUCGGCAACAAAUGCUAAACUCAGGCAAACCAAGAAAAAUUCUCCCAGAAGCCAACCAAGCAUUAGUAAUGGGUCGGUAAAGGAAGCACUGCUUACUUGUGGAGACGCUAAUCGUUCGAUAAAUACAACUAGAACGACUUCGGCUACGCAGCCGCCGAUGAAAAAGCAUGCGCAUUUUGCAAGUCUUAAGGUUAACUUUAAGCCUAAGCAUGGACGUUUGGAAACCGCGAGUUUAAAGCCACCGGGGCUACUAUCGGUGUCCAGUCCUCCAGAACCGAAUACAUUUACCGACGAAGAAUAUCAGAAUACUGGUAACGGAGUUCAUCAGCCUGUAAGUCAACAACUACUCGUCGGUGUGGACGUAUUCAGAAGGGAAGCCUUAUCUUGUGAUUUGGCACAAAAGCCAAAAUUAACAUCGAAACGUCAGAAAACUCCGAAAGAGCCACAAGUGAUCGAUCUUUGCCUAGACAGUCCAGAACAUAAACAAGCAUCUGAUGAUGACGACAGCUUCUUGAUACCUUUAUCAAAAAGGUUGACAGUUGACAGGAUGAACUGUAAGUCGAAGAAUCUCGAGGAGUACACUAGUGUACAAAAACUAACUCCAGUAUGUCCUCCCCCAGCUAGUGGCAAUGACAGCGAUUGUGUUGCUCAAUAUGAGAGUGAUGACGAUGCUUGUCUCAAAAUUGAUGAACGUUUAGCUUCGUUAAAAAAAUUAUUGAGCCCCGUUCUCGUUAGCACAACUCAUAAACCUGAGUCAGAAUACGUUGAAAUAGUGCAGAAACACGAGUCGAUUGAACCAAUCGAAAAUGUACUAACUCAAGAGGAUAGUUUUUGUCCUGCAAAGCCUGUAGACAGUAUACCCGAAGAAUCCAUACUUGAUAUGUCGAUAGAAAUCCGGCGGAAGCGUCAAGGUUUCCUGGCUGAAUUGGACGCGAACACUCCGAGGGCAGCGCCCAGGCCGAAACCUACAAUUCUGGACUUAGCUGAUAGUCAACCAGCGUCCCCAAGAAAUCAUGAAAAAUUGUUGAUCUCGCUAAAUCGAAGUACAGACAGCAUUCCGAUGCAACCGCUUAACUCAGUACUCCACUCGCACCACAAUAGCCAAAAAAGACUAAUAACUGUUAAGGAGCCUGAAACAGUCUGUAUCUCACCUGAGCCGCCGUCUCUUUCAUCUCAGCCAAAAACAAAGCCCGUCUACGUGCAUCAUCUAUCUGACAGCGAUGAUGAUUUGCGCCCUUUAUCACUAAGAGUUAAUCGACAGGUGGCUAAACCUUUUCCUAAGAAAACACUCUCAACACCAGAGGAAGAUUCGUUUGAUGUGCUCGUCGGCAGCAUUGAUACUCCGCCUGUAUCGCGUACUAACAAAGAUGAAUACUCCAGCAAAUCGUCGGAUUCUGAAGUCGUCACUGUUACGGCAGUAAAGGUUAACAAACUUGAGAUUAUAAGAAAGAAAACAGUUACAGGUAAUGACGAUAUGGGUUACUCUGGUUCAGCUACUGUACCUACUGAAGAACCUCAAUCAAGAAAGAAAGGCCGUUCAAGGAAGGAUAAAGUCGCUUGUCCUUUUGUUCCUUUCCCUUCAGCUCCGCUUCACCUUGAGUAUAUUCCUGAAGGUUCUUGUCCUUCUCAGCCAGUCUCAUCGGCAUUGAAUGACAGAACAUCCUGUUGUCCACUGGCUCUCACACUUUUGCCCGGUACUUUCGAAAUAGUUCUCUGUGUGGACAGUUGCGAGGCUACCGGUGGUGUGAUGUCAAAAAAGAAAGAGGCAAUGAUUGAAGCCUUGCGCAAUUCUGGGGUAGCGAUAAACAUUAGAAAAAUGAACGUAGGAGAUUAUGCAUGGAUAGCAAAGAGAAGCGAUAAGGAUGAGCUCGUGUUGGAUUGUAUCGUUGAGCGUAAGCGCACCGAUGACUUGGCGUCUUCAAUCAAAGAUGGACGUUACCAUGAACAGAAACACCGUUUGGUGACCUGUGGUAUACGUCGAAAAAUCUUUUUGGUUGAAGAGCACCAUCGCUUUGCAGCGGGCGGCAUCUCCGAUCUUGCGCUGCUCCAGGCGCAAUUGAAUACGCAAAUAAUUGGUGAUUUCAUCGUAAAACGCACUCCAAAUGUCAAAGCGAGUGCACAGUAUCUAGCGGCACUGACGCGCGCACUCGGCCAACGUUACAGACAGCGGGUCCUGAAAUCAUGUUUAAGAGAAGAGGUUGGUAAACUUUCUGAUGAUCACCUGAUGAGCUGGCAGGAGUUUAACGAGUCAAGUAUGAAGCGGCGUAAGGUGUGCAUAAAACAGGUGUUCACACGCUCCCUUAUGGUGAUGCGAGGAAUGUCGUUGGAGAAAGCGCUCUCAAUAAUUUCCGUGUAUCCGACUAUGGUCUCACUAAUAAGUGCCUAUGAGAAAUGCGACGAGUUAAAGCAGAAGGAAGCACUUCUAGCUAACGUCAAAUGUUCAAUAAGUGGAAGGAGACUGGGUCCGGCAUUAAGCAAAGCUGUAUAUAAAUUUGUUUCGGGCGAAUAGGCAUAGAGAAGGAAAUCGCAUAAAGAAGCACGAGUUAAUUCAACUAUUAUUAAAAAUGUGCGUUUGUACAUACUUUGUACUUCAACAGGGUGAAUUACGAUUCUAAAGUGUAUAUUGGGUCGAAUCUGCUUGAGCUGGACGUGGGUAUCUCGUGUAAUAUAUAAUGUAUUAGAGUGAUAUAGUACAUUGUAUGUGGCCAACUGUAAAAGAUUGCAUUUUUAUUAUGUUUCCUUAUAUUUCUUAUAUAUUCCUUAUAUAGACACGGUCUAUAGAUGACUACAAGGAAUGGUACUUUACCGUGUAUUACAAAAUGAAUAUAUCUAUUGUAAGAUAAUCCAAUAAAAAUCGAAAAGUGAAGUGAAAAAAAGUAGCUAAAAUGAC